GUCGAAGAAGCGCCGCCCAUUAACGCUUUGUAGAAGUGGAAAGCGAUAUUAGAUAAAGACAUUAGAGUCUGUCUGCCAGUCGGCUGUUAACCGACCGAGUAGAGGAUUUGUAUUCAUCACUCACCUCUCGCACGCACACACUUGUUGGACAUGGGGUUCCUUCUGACCAAGAUGAUGGCUGUGUUCGGUGACAGAGAGCACAAAGUCAUCAUUGUGGGUUUGGACAAUGCUGGAAAGACAACUAUCCUCUAUCAGUUUCUGACAAAGGAAGCCGUCCACACAUCACCAACCAUCGGCAGCAACGUCGAGCAGAUCACCGUACGUAAAACACACUUCUUGAUUUGGGAUAUUGGAGGACAGGAGAGCCUUCGAGCCAGCUGGUACUCGUACUACGGCAACACGGAGUAAUCGAUACUAAAAGCAGCCUUGGUAACCCGUCCUCUCUUAUUCUUGUUUCAGGACCUACAGAAUGCCUCCAUUCUUAUUUUGGCCAACAAACAAGACGUGAAGGGCUCCAUGACGGCUGCAGAGAUCUCCCAGUGCCUCACACUCAACUCCAUCUCAUCACACUCCUGGCAUGUUCAAGCCUGCUGCGCCCUGACAGGAGAGGGUCUACCUGCCAGUCUGGACUGGAUGAAGUCACGAGUUGUUGCGAACUAGAACACGCACCUGUGGAUCAAACUUCCUCAAACUGAGCCAACCUCAAAGACACUGAGUCAGGAUUACUUUCAGUGUUUGGGGCAAAGUCCUGUGAACAUGGCGUCUGUGAUAGAGCCUGCCUCGCCACACCUACAGUAUGAGCUGUAGGCUGUGUGGGGCCUCAGGGUGGGAUGAGCAACAGAGAAAUCUGGGUCAUCUUGGAGACACUGCUCCAAAUAUCAAUAAAUUCAGACUCAAUAUGUUGAUGUUUGUACUGUGCAGACACAGCUUGGUUAUAUUUUAAUAAUCUGGUUAACUGUUUUUCUCAGUUGUGGUUACGUAGAUGUUCACAAUGAGGGACUGUUGUGUGCAUUUACUGUAAAUUUCCCUGUAAAGAGGUGCCUCGUGUGCAUGUUAGACAUCUGACCUGACCUGUAAUAUCACAUUCCACUCAGGUCUCACUGGGAUUCUUUCAUUUCCCCUGAGAUAAGUAAGUGACAGUAUCAAGUUGUACCAAAGAGGUCACAACCCACACUUCAAAGCCAGAUCACAGAUGAUAACUGAUAACACUAAAGCAUAUAUAUUUUAUGGGUAAAGUCUUGGUUUUCUCAUAUUUAAAUGUCACUAGGCUGAUCUGGUGCCCUUUCAUUCCUCCUGUGCCAACACAUUAAGCUUUGAACUGACAACCGCAAUCUCAUUUUGACCUUUGAUUGGUAAUUUAUGACAUUCUUAAUUCAUCUGAACGACUUCUGCUGCAGAAUUUAGUGCCUCGCUAGUUACAAAACAGCUUUCCAAUCACAACCUUACUUCUAGACGCUGCCUAGUAUUAUGUUUCUAUCAUGGUGGACUUUACCACAGCUGAGAAGAAACUAUAAAGCACAUACUUCAGAAACUCUGCCAUGCUGGGACACAAGUCUGCACCUGAUGUAUAAAAUUAUAUUUUAUGCCAUUGAACAACAGGACGCCUUUGUAAGACCAAAACAUGUUUAGUAAUUUAUUUUAGGGAAAAGAAAAGCUCUUGAACUGUUUACCUGAAUAAUAAAAAGAGCUAGCUGCUAAUGACUAUGAGUCAUAUUUAAAAAGUGUGUAUUAUAUUGUGUAUUUUUUUUAAAUAAAUAUUAUUAUUACAAAUA